AUGGUGCCUCGAGUCCUUGUGCUGCUUUUUGCGGGUCUGUUGACAACAGGUGCGGGCAUCGUGAUGCGCGAGCAUGCCACCAGCAACCACACGGAUCGAGGACCCACCGACCUCCCUGCAUGCCUCGGCAAAGUUCUACAGGACAAAUCUGGCGACAAGUGGCGUUGCGACAAUUUCCACGGGCACGCAGGCGAAGAAAAGCAGUGUGAAGAACGCUAUGAAUCAGAUAGUGACAGAUUUUGGCAGUGCAAGGCCUUUCCCAGAUCCCGAUCCAGCAGCAGCAGCUUCAAUUGCCUGACCCACACCCCGUGCGACCCAACCAAAGAGAUCCCAGUGGUGGCACAGGAGAAUCUUGUGGCCCGCUGGCCCUUAAAGAACGGUGACUUGAAGGAGAUCAAUGGCAAGUGCACCCUCACGAAGCAAAGCGCCGUCACGUGGGUGGCCGACAAGGAUGGCGAUGCAAAUAGCGCACUCUCGUUUCCGAUGGGCUCCAACAGCUGCGCCUACUGUGAUUCGGUGGCCGGCUUGCCUAGUGGCUCGGAGCCCCGGACCAUGAUGAUGUGGAUCUACGUCGACUCGACCACACGGAACAACAUCGGGGUGGGUGGAUAUGGAAUCAACAGUCGUGGAAAGAGCUUCGCCAUGGCGCUGCGAGGGAGCACGCAGUGGACCUUUGAAGGGUGGGGCCCCACGCCAUCAAGUAGUGAGAGGGCGACCUUUGACAAGUGGAUGCACCUGACGUACACCUACGACGGUAGCAAGGGCAAGUUCUUCCUCGACGGAGAGUACAAGGCGCAGGUCAGUGUUGGAUCCCUGAAGACACCCACCUCGCCGAGAGUUGUCUUGGGAUGCGAGGUUGACAUUAACGAAGGCGUUAAGGGCAAGAUGGCUGACAUGAGGAUCUACAACACUGUUCUGAGUGAUGCAGACAUUGCCAAGGCGGCAGCUGAAUGA